AUGUUCUUAUUACUGCAAUCAGCAUUAGCUUUUUAUGUUGAGAGGCCAGAAACUGAUGAAGAAGUCAUUAAAAACCUAGAUGAUCGCACGAUGCGUGAGACAAUCAAGAAAGAUCGUUCUGCAUUUGUUCUUUUCCACGCGGACCAUCAACGUGUAUCUGAUUCUGCAUAUCUACAGUAUUCAUCAAUAGCCAAGAAGUAUAAAAAUGCCUCUAAAUUCUAUGUUGUCCCUGCAUCUGUUGGCCAAGAUGUUGCAAGAACAUAUGGAGUUGUUGGCUACCCAUUCUUAUUCCAUUUUAGAUACGGAACUAAGACAGGAAACCAUUUCGGAAGAUAUACACGCUCUUCAAUUGAAAGAUUUAUCGCAAAUCAUACGAAAAUUGCCUGCCUGGAAAUAAAUCCAACAGGCAGCCAAGGCGAUGUCAUCAACCAGAUCGCUAACGAGUACAUUGAUGCCUCAGCAAUUGUCCUUGUUGUUUCAGAUUCAAAUAAUGAGUUUGGAAAGGCAGCUGACAAGCUCAUUGACGAACUUGCACCAUUCAUGCCAUUCGCACGUAUCAAAGAUGAGGCCAAAGCUAUAGAAAUCGGUUUCGAAGCUCCAUCUUUGAUUUUAUUAAGAGCAGACGACAGACAAACAGUGAAAUACGACGGCGGUGCAGAUUCUGACGAGAUGUUCUUAUGGAUCAUGCACAACUCCAUUCCGAAAUUCCGUCCUCUUAAUCCACAAAAAUUAUUCUCACACGAUGGAGUUAGUUUAGACGCAGUCAUUGCAAUGAGUUACGGUGUUGGCUCAGACGAUCUCUUCAUCUCUCUCGAAAACAUUACGAACCAAGUUCCGUGGUUAGCAGCGUAUUACGUUGAUUUGACUGAGAUGCCAACAAUUGGAAGGAUGAUGAAUGUUACAGGUGAAUCUCUUGUUUUCGUGAGAGCGAACUAUUCUAAGAUACAGUUUUCCGUCCAGUCUUCUAAGUCACCAGAGAAAGCUCUCGAUUUCGAAGAAGACAAACUCGAAAUGAAAACGAUCGAAGCACCUCCUUCUCUCUACGGAUACGUUCGAAAGAUCACAGAACCAGAGUUCGAACGACUUGAAGAGAGAGGAGAAAAGUUUGUUGUUAUGUUUGGUUCAGCGUUCUGUUCUAAGUGCAGAAACAUGAGAGAAUCAUACUUCGAUGCAGCGAUGGCAUUAGGAAGACAAGGUUCUAAAAUCAGUUUCUCAUAUUGGGACAUCACAGAAAUGACACCAUCUUUCAGUCGUGAUAAAGACAUCUCUGUCCCAAGUAUAUUCGUUGUAUCAAAAGGAGAUGUCGAAACAAUGGAACAGUACACAGGACCAACAAACUUCCUUUCGAUCAUCGAGUGGUCAUCUGCACUGAUUGGUAAAUCUGAUGAUGCAGACAAGAUGAUCAAAUCUGAACUUGGUUCUGAAUUCGACGAAAUUUAA